CGAUUACUUCUUUCUUUCAAUUAAUGAGCAUUAUCUUUUUUUUAUUUAAGCCCCUUUGCAUUUUAGCUGCAACAUUUCUCUUUCUCUCGUGUUCCUUCCCGGCCCUCUCUCUUUCUUACUAAACCAUAGGCUCUUCCUUUCCAACACUUUCCUUCUGCUUUCCCUGUGAUUCUCUCUACAAAGGGAAAAGAAAGUGGAGGGGCAAACCAAACCAAAAAAAACAAAAGGAAAGGGAAAGCCCAUCUUUAUUCUUUCUUCUUUCUUCUUUAUUCCCUGGGUCCUUCCUAGUUAGCUAGCUAUAAUAAUAGUUGAAAGGUUUGGUUUGGUUUUGAUCCAAGGAUAUGGGGGUUUCAGGGAAGCCUCAAGUGGAUGGAGGGUUAGAGUCCGAAGGCAAAAAAUGGGUUAUUGCUGGGAUUUCUUUACGAGCUCCGUUGAAGGCUAUCUACACAAAUCCAGCGGAGAAAGAUAAAGAAAUUAGUGACGAAACAGACGAAUGUUCGACGACUCCAACUGGGGAAGAAGCUAGAAUUCCUACCAUAUUGACGUGUCCACCUGCUCCAAGGAAGCGAAAGCCUUCUUUGAAGUGUAACUAUGGAAGUGUUAGAGAGUUCUUUACUCCUCCGGACUUGGAGAGUGUCUUUAUACGCCAUGUUGAAAGGGCUAAUUAAUUAACUAAUUGAUCAACCAAGAGUGGGGGGAGGGGAAGCUUAAACCCUUAAGCUUAUGCAUCCCCUUUUAUCAUCUCCUUAUUAUUUCUUUCUUUCUUUCUUUCUUUUUUUUUUUGUACGCUUACUUUCUUUUCUUCUGCUUUAGGGUAUUCUGUAGCGAGUAGAAGUUUAUGUACAGAGGAAUUCUUAAAUAAAUAACAUGGAUAUUUAACUUCUUCAUGUCAUGAGCUUCUUUGAGAUGCCUUUUUGUGCUUCACCUAGCGACCUUCUUAAUGUGGUAAAAUGCGGUGGUAUCUUUUCUUUUUUCCCUUUGUAUAUCUGUAGUAUUUCUUUCUGGCUUC